AUGGAUACUUCCGCACGCGAGUCACGAAGAAGUUUAGUCUGUCGUCCCGCUGCUGAGGGAUCUCUCGCCUUGCCUCAGAAAUGCAGGUACCUACUGGUUUUCCGUGAUGACUUCGAACCGUUGAGAGGUACAUGGGUUGCCAGAUGCCCUGCCAAUCUUUCAGUCCUCAAGCUUGAGGAUAUCUGUCUCGUGGCCUUGGUCCAGGUCUUCCAAAAUGGUGAUAAUGUGGUAAAAUCUUUUGCCACAACCCUCGAUAUAUUCAACAGUUCGCUUUGUUUUUAG